AUGCUCCAACCGCGAAUACCUUUCCGCGCGCUGUGCAGGAAAUGUCAACUGCCGUCACCUGCCUUUCGCAGGACCUACGCUCAGGUACAAGGCAUCGACCCUGUGCAGUCGAGCGGGUCGGUCACAGAGAACACCGUCACAGAUCUCCCUCUUGCUCAAGCCGAUGAUCGAACCUCACUGUCCAAAUUCGAAGUUCGGCUGCGACGUUAUACUCCUCGAACACCAGGUAUUCGACAUCUGGUCCGCCCAUUGAACGAACACCUAUGGAAAGGUCGACCACACUUCCCUCUCACAUUUCCCAAAAAGGGCCAUGGCAAAGGUGGCCGAAAUCAUACUGGACAUGUCGUGGUGCGGCAUCGUGGAGGUGGACAUAAGAGAAGGAUACGAAUUGUUGAUUUUGCAAGACACACUGGAGGAAAGCAUCUGGUAGAGCGAAUCGAGCAUGACCCCGGUCGCACUGCUCAUAUCGCUCUCGUGAAAAAUCUUCAGACUGAAGAAAGGAGUUAUAUCCUAGCGGCCGAAGGUUUACGAGCUGGGGACACGGUGGAGAGCUACCGAUCAGGUCUACCACAGUCACUGAUCGAUGAAAUGGGCGGACAUAUCGAUCAGGGUGUCCUGGCGUCCAAAACAGCACAUCGGGGCAAUUGUCUGCAAUUGGGCAUGAUCCCUGUUGGCACCCCCAUAUUCAACAUUACUCCGACGAAAGGCGACAUUGGCAAGAUCUGCCGAAGUGCUGGGACACAUGGGAUCAUCAUCGGGAAAGGGGAAGACACGGUGCAGAAAGAGAUGAUGAAGUUGAUUGGUGACAACGGCGACAUGGAUCUGUCUACUCUAAGCACGGAGCAAUUGAGAAAAUUCGAGAAGGCGGCCAACUAUGUUACCGUGCGCCUGUCCAGUGGCGAGGUCCGACUCAUCGACAAAGACGCUGUGGCAACCAUUGGCGUUGCAAGCAAUGUCAACUUCAAAUACACCUCUCUGGGCAAGGCGGGGCGGUCGCGCUGGCUCAAUAUUCGACCGACUGUGAGAGGUGUGGCCAUGAACGCAGCAGACCAUCCGCACGGUGGUGGUCGAGGUAAAUCCAAGGGUAACCGCAUCCCGGUGAGCCCUUGGGGAAUUCCAAAUGGCCACAACAUCUCUCGUCGACUUCAGGCGCAAAGCGUCGAUCUCGGGUUCAAUCAGCUUGCCAAAGAUGUCGCCGACAGAAACUCAAGAGCGACCUUGUUCAUUGUGCCUGAGGUCCGAGGUUCCGUGUAUCUCGGAGUCCAGACCAAGAGCGAGAACCAGAAUGGAAUUGUCCCUCCAGGUCUACAUCACGCCACGAGUUCCUCCCCGCAACCACGAUACAGCCAUGGAGACGAUCGAGAAACCAGUUCCACUCCUGGCCAGCAAACGAAUAGUCCAGCGAAGGUCAAGGGACCCGUCAGUCUCGAUCGACUCUCGGCGACAGAUCCUGAAGCCUACAACCAGAGGAUCUCAUCGGCGGGAUUGACACAGGAGAUCAUUGACAACUUCAGCCCCGAGAUUGUCCUUGAGAGCUCCACCUCCGCCCUCCCUGGGGGCUUGGGGGGUUCUCAGGGGGUGUUCGGAACAUCUCAGGACGAUAUCACGAUGGAACAGCUGCUCGGCCUCGAAUUACCUUCCAAACGCGUGACAGACUAUUUCCUAAACACCUAUCUCGAUGCUGUACAUUGGUUUAUGAUGCUUUUCCACGAGCCAACAUUUCGAUCGUCAUAUGAGAGACUGAUGGCGACAAGGAGAUUUUCGCGGUCUAGGUCAAAUCAGGUCAUCUUCAUACUUCUGGUACUAUCCAUGGGCGCACAUUACGCCUCGGAGGACGACGUCCGACAGAGGUUCCCUACCUUCCAGUUGCAGACGUUUCGAAAGCUAUCUCUCAAAAAGGUCGAAGACAGCAUGCAUGCCUUAUACGAUGCAGCGGAUCUCGAGUCUGUCCAAGUGUGUGUUCUUCUUGGGUCAUAUUACGUCUAUUACGGCCACCCCAACCUUGCAUUUGUUGUUCUAGGAGCUGGACUCAGAUGCGCCCAACUUAUGCUGCUGCACAGAGAAUCAGCAUGGCGAGGCUUGUCAGAGAUUGCGAAAGAAGAGCGCAGACGAGUCUUUUGGGCUCUUUUUAUCUUCGACCGGUUUGCGGCAACAAUGUUUGGUCGGCCAUGUGGCCUUUCCAUGGACGAAAUCGACAUCAAAAUCCCCGAGAAUAUCGGCGACACCACCGUGCAGCAUCCCUCCUUUCGCUCCACUGCGACCAUGCCGGACGGGACCGUGGAACCAGUCACGACAUUUGCCUACUUGAAGUACAAGAUCAAGUUGUAUCAGAUAUCUUCGCCUAUUAUUGGUGACUUAUACUUCCAUCGAAGUCGGAGUGUAUCCGAGUUGGCACUCAAGGUCUAUCGCAUUGACAAGGAGCUGUCCGACUUCUUCAGCUCACUGCCACCGGAGCUGAAGUUGGAGGAUCUGUGUCGAAACCCUGCGGAACCUGUAACAGCAAAUUCCAGGCCCUUUAUACUACAAGCUUUGGCUCUUCAGAUUGCGUACGAUAAUGUACAGAUACUUCUACACCGCCCUUUACUCUCACAAGAUCUGCGAAACUUCAAGACAGACGCUGGAACAGCUGGGUCCCAGAGUUCGACGUACUCCUCUGGACAGAUCGACUUUGCCAAUGACAACAAGCUGUCACAUCGACAUGUACAUGAAAUCCUACUGGCAAGUCGAGAUAAAUGUUGGGAAUCCGCCAUCAGAUCUUCUAAACUGGGCGACUACCGCCAAUGUUUGGUCUCUGCACGGGAAAGCCACGCCGCAGCAUUUCUCGGGAUCAAUCUUUUCACAGCGGGCAUGGUCCUUUGCAUCGUAGCUCUCUCACGGCCUCUGUCCUCGGAGGCGCAAAUGGCUAAACAGGCCGUUGCUCGGAUCAUGUCCCUCUCACGGUUCUUGUCUGACAGAGCCCUCCUCUCGGCGCAAACAUCAAAGAUUUUGAAGGAUCUUAUUCGACUCAUUGGGGAGAAAGAGAUCAAAGCGAUGCUGUCGGAAUCGGACAACUCCCAAAAUAUGGCCUCCUUAUCAGGGACAAAAGUCAGGGAUGCGGUAGGCUCCUCUGCUGCCACGCCUGGUCCUGCUUUUGGCGAUCCGCAGUAUUCUGAGGACGUGACGGCAAAUCCCACCACGACAAGGACAGAGGACGAAUCUGUUCCUUUUACAAUGAACCAAGUCCAGACCUCCAUCGGCGACUUUGACUUCUCGGGCUUCGAGAAUAUAGAUUUCAACAAUGGUCUACUGAUUAUGCAGCAAGCGAUGUUCCCGGAGGUGUCUGAGACAGAUAUGGAGAGGUCAAAUGGUGAUGGAAUCAACCAGAACGUGGCUCCAUACGGCGCCGACAAUUCCUAUGUCAACCAAACAGGCGGCAGCGACAUGGGGCUGUUGGGUCCUGAUCUCAGCGUGGUGAAUACCGUUGGGCAAACCUGGCUCUGGGAUUCUGCUACAUGGUGA